CACACCUCCCUUUAUCCCCCUCUUCUCCUCCCCUCCCCCGUCUCUAUCGCUCCCACUCUCUCCCAUCAGCAGCAGGAGCAGAAGCAUCCUACUCAGAGAUCAGCCUUUGAAUGUUCAAGGGAAUGACACUGAAUACUUUUUAACUUCAAACUCACUCUAGAAAAUCUUUCCUGCCUACAUUUCCAUCAUUCUUCAUGCAUGGCAGAAAGCCACCUCAAGGAAAGCCCAUUUGUGCACGUCAUAAUAGGGAAUCCAAGAGUUGCCAACCUGCUGUGAAAUCGUAUGCGCUUUACCCGAAACAUGUCUGAAUUGAACCUGAAUUAAUCUGAAUUCAUUAUGUUAAAGGUUUAACAGAUUGCUGUCAUUAUCAGAACUUGAAAAUUAAAGAAUUGAAACUGCAUCAAAAAUUAAAGGCAACCACUUUGUCAUUGGAUCAUGUUGCUGCUGAGUCAGCUGAAUGCUUAAGGCCUAGUAAGACUGUGUUUACUACGCCAAAAUUUGUAGUGUGGAUGGAACUGAAUUUUACUAGUCACCGAUUUUACCGUUAUUCAAGAUUUAUCUGGAUUUUCAGAAGUGAAAGACUUAUUCAGAACUCAAAUAACAACAACUACUGCUGAAAAGAACAAAUAUAAAGCUGUACGUUUGCAGGAAUAUAACAUUUACUAAACAUGGUAAGAAUAUAAAAAGUAGCUUUUUUCAGAACUGAUAUGAGGACCAAGAGUGAUUAAAGCAAACAAUUGCUUAUUCUGAUACUAUUUUGCUUGAAGGAGGAAUCCAGAUCAGCUUCUCCUCCAUUUUAUCUAUUUUUUUAGCUGCACACAAGGCCUAAGUUAUGACACAGAGACUCCGACAGAUAAAUUCUAGACUGGGUAUACAAAAUAUUUGUUGAUACUCUAUCCAAGAUCUCUUAUAUUUGACUUUGGCUGAGAUACAGAAAGAAGAGUACAAGAAGUAUCUCUAGAAGAGAAGUUUCUUGGCGGUUAAGUAGCAACAAAAUAUUACAACCCCCACCUCUGAGUACACAUCAGAAAUUAAUAAUGAAUGAGGAAUGUGGCCUUCUUGGAAGGGACCUGUCAAAGGUUACAGAUGAGGAGAUGCUUUCACAUAGUAAGGAAGAAUUAGUGAGGAAGCUGAGGGAAGAAGAGGCAGAGAAAAUGUCUGCCCUUAUCCAAAGAGGGCGCCUGAUCAAAGAGGUUAACCGCCAACUACAAGGUCACUUAACAGAAAUUCGUGAACUGAAGCAAGUCAACCACCGUCUUCAGGAGGAAAACCGGGAGCUAAAAGACCUCUGCUGCUUCUUAGAUGAUGACAGAUUGAAAAGUAAGAAGUUGGCUAGUGAGUGGCAGCUCUUUGGCUAUCAUGCAGCAAAAGUACUGAGGGAGGACCUUGGUGGAUACCUGAAGAAACUUUCUGAACUGGAGAGACGUCAAGAGGAACUCAUGAGGGAAAACUCCUGUCUUUCUGAGGUUUUCCUGGCUUUGGAGGAAGAUAGUGGGCCUAUAAGGCAUCACGCUAGUCCCGUGGCUGCAUCAGAAUUGAGUCUUUUACCCUGCGGGCCUAGAGACUUGGGUGAUGGGAGUUCAAGCACAGGUAGUGUGGGAAGCCCAGACCAGCUCCAUGUUGUUUGUUCUCCAGAUGAUUAAAAGGCAGUGAGCCCUUACAGCUGUGAAUGUAUAUGGCCAAAAACAGGGGGCUAUUGACCUUUAAACUAGGACUUAAUCAUCAUCUCAGCAUAACAGAAGUAAUAACUGGGUGAAGUGAUGAUUUGAUCUCCAUGCCCACUCUCUGUAUAUUGCAGGCAAUAGAUAGCUUGGUCUUUACCCUUUUAACUUGCCAAUUAAGCUGAGAAGUUUGAGACUGUUUAGUUUCUGUUAAUCUCUCUUAUAUACACGAAUAAGACAUCUCUUUCUCUUGGCAGAAUGUGUAAUUGGUGUUAGGGCAUAGAUCAGUGCAUAGAUCAAUGUAUUAUGACUGCAUGACAGUAUGACAGCCACUAUUUUGGGGCCUACCUCAUACUGGACCAUGCUGGCACAAUACACAUCUGUUGGUGGGUGGUCAUGAAAUACAGGUUCUGUAUAGGCACAGCUCUGUCUAUUGCCUCCACUCUGUAUGUAUAUUGGUUAGAAGCAGCUUGGUCUCUGCCCUUUUCCUUCUCACUGUAUAUAAACAUGUGAAAGGCAACUCAUUCUCUGCCCACUACUCACUUUGUAUGAAUACAGGUGAGAGAAAGCUCAUUCUCUGCCCAUUCCUUCCUCUUUGUAUAUACAGGUGAAAGAAAGCUCAGUCUCUGCCCAUUCCUUACUCUUUGUAUAUACAGGUGAAAGAAAGCUCAGUCUCUGCCCAUUUCCUCCUUUCUGUAUAUAUAUAUAUAUAUACAGCUGACAGACUGCUCAGCUUUGCCCAUUUUACUUCUUUCUUAAUAUAUACAGGUGAGAGACAGCUCAGUCUCUGUCCAUUCCCUUCUUUCUGUAUAUAUACAAAUGAGAGACAGCUCAGUCUCUGCCCAUUCCCUUCUUUCUGUAUAUAUACAGGUGAGAGACAGCUCAGUCUCUGCCCAUUACCUUCUUUCUGUAUAUAUACAGGUGAGAGACAGCUCAGUCUCUGCCCAUUUCCUUUUUUCUGUAUAUAUACAGGUGAGAGACGACUCAGUCACUUUAUACAGACGAUCUUAGUCACUACACUGACUCCUCUCUGUAUAUAUUCAGCACAUUUUUGUAGAUCAAGACAAAGCUGUCUCUGCACCUAUGAAAUGGUCAAAUAAAUAAAUAAAUAUAAAUAUAUUUGGGAAUUUAUAAGUGUCUGUCUUCCUUUGAACGGAUUUAGUUGUAAGUGCACCUUUCACAGGAACACAUGCUGUUCAUAUAUGGGGAAAGGUUGAGAAAUUAAUGGUCAAAUAAUGGCACCAUACACAUCAAUGAACUAGAUGUGGGAUUUAAUCAUUUUCUUUAUAUUAUAUCUUGUACAGUAUAUGUAAAAUGUGAAGAAGUUUUAAAGUGACUGUGCAGGGUGACCAUAUUGGGGAAUAAGAAAAAUAGCACGUUCUGUUCUUUUAUCAAUCUGUCACUCCACAGAAAUCCUUGACGAUUCAUUAGUGGUUUGUUUCUUCCGUGUGAGCACUUGCAGAGCUGCGGUGUGCUUCUGGAAUGAAAACCCUGCAUUGUGGCUUUGCAUGUUCCAAGUGAACCCUGUGGAUGUUUUAGGAAAGGGCAGAUACAAUAUUUGCACUGGAAUACCAAUCUGAAAGGGUAAUCCUUGCCAAGAGAAUGUUUGCAAAUUGAUUAAUAAGUAUUAUUUUUUUAUUAGUAUUUACACCAGGGAUGCCAUGCCUGCUGUUGAAAUACAACUCCUAGCAUCUAACUGACAGCUGAAGGAUAAAAUUUAACAUGCUUGCUUCCUUGUUUCCUUUUCCAUGAAAUUGCAGGCCCCAGCCAUUCUAUUGGAUUUUGGCAAAUGCCAGAGAAGCUGCUAUAAGAUGCUAUAGAUGCUACUUAUUGGGUCUGUGGAGGGCUGUUUGGACCUCUGUUUACUUGAAAUACCAGUAAGCUAAUGUCACACUAUGCUGUGCCUCGUCUUCUCUCUGCCUGUGUUCCUUCUGCUGGUGGAGAGCUGCGGAUGCACAUCCCACUCUCUCCUUACUGUCAGACACAUUGAGACACAUUCUCAUGUGGCAUUAGGCUACAACACAUUAUCUUGCUCCACGGUUUCUCAAAUUUUGCCCCUGCAACACAACAUUCUUACUUGUCACACCCCCCAUAUUGUUACACUGUGUAACAGCCAUUUCCUUAUUCUAUUGUUUGACUAUUGUCUCCAGACUUAUAAAUAGUAAAGCAGGAAACAUAGAGACUGGCUGUCUGCACUGAGAUUCCCUGUGUGCCUUGAGACUGCUUGUGUGGUUUGUAAAGCAACGAUUAGUGUGUUUAUAAUCAAAUACUGUUCAUUUUCACGAACUGUACACACUGAGCGCAAGAAGCAAAAUAUUGUAAUAAAAUAUGACACUUUGCAA